UUAUGUUUAUAAUACUAAUUAAUUAUUAUAAUAGUGUGAAUAAGUAGCUUGUUUUAGUGUAUUUAUAAUAAGGAGUGUACAAAACAAAAAUGAUUUCAAGAUCUAAACAUCGGUCUUCGAUGGAAAUGUGUUCCGAUUGUGGGGCAUCGGAUCCAUCGUGGGCGUCGAUAAACCGUGGGUUGUUGUUGUGUGCGGAAUGCUGCAGUGUUCAUCGGAGUAUGGGACGGCAUAUUUCGCAUGUAAAAUCUUUACGGCAGGGUUCUUGGCCACCUUCCCUUUUAGCUAUGGUGCAAGCGCUCACAGCACAAAAUGUAAACAGUAUUUGGGAACAUUCCUUGUUAGACACAUCGGCGCCAAAGCAUUUACGGAAGAAACCAACUCCUAAAGACCCUCUACAUCCAGUGAAAUCGGAGUUUAUACUAGCUAAGCAUCUCCGUCUAGCAUAUGUGUUGAGAGCGAGAAGAGAUGAACCUCCCAGUGAGCUAGGAAGACAGUUGCACAGUGCGGUGAGAAGUUCGUCAUUGGAUACUGGAAUGAGGCUGUUGGCGCAGGGUGCAGAUCCUAAUUAUUAUAAUCAGGAGAAAGGCAACAUGUGCCUGCACGUAGCGUGUCGCGCGGGGCAACCGGCGCAAGCGGAACUGCUGGUGGCGUGGGGCGCAGACCCCACCGCUAGGGACAGCGCAGGGAACACGCCCAGCGAGUGUGCUAGGCUAGGCGGCCACACAGAGCUAGCUGACCGAAUGACGGAGCUAGUGUACGAAGCGACCGACCGAAUGAUAUACUUCCUCACCGGCGAGAAACCGGAUCACGCGUCCGGCAGACAUUACAUCGUGCCUCGAGCUCAUGAUACACACGAGAUGACUGACGUCGCUAAGGCUGCGAGGGGCAAAUUGCAAUUGUUGCCUAAUCAUCUAUUUGAAGAAUUGGUUAUGGACAUCUACGAUGAAAUAGAUCGACGAGAAACGGAAGCUAUCUGGCAAACCAGCGCAACCGGUCUAGAACGUUGCGGAGUAGCAUUCCUCCCGGUGAACCCAGCGCUAUCAGCUCCCAGGAACCAGGGAAGACAGAAACUGGCCCGUCUCUCUUCACCAGAGUUCGCUACUCUACUGCGAGAUGUACUGCUGGACGCUACUAGACGACAGAGGAUCGCUAGUUUGCAGCCGAGAGCGUUAACAGGCCCUACAAACCCACUACUAUCAGCGAGCCACUUACGUCACUUGUCACAAUUAUCAGACGACGAGCCGCUGUACGAUUCUGUCGCGUCUGACGACGACUAUGCAGCACUACGGGAACUUGAUAUGUCCGCAUUAGACCCGAAAGCGGGCGAAACGGUAUCAUCCACGUACAACGCGUCCCUCCCAAACGACCAACCACUAUCCGAACGAACAAACACACCGACAGACCGGAGCGAAGAAGUCGAAACGCUCAAAAAGGAACUGGACAGCCGCGAUUCCACCAUCACGGAACUCAAGAACCAACUGAAGAACUUACAGACCAUAGUCGAGCAGCUGACCAAAGAGAACAGCGUGCUAAAGACAAGCAGCAUAGACGAUGACAGUAUAUCCCAGGUGUCCAUAAGUGAGGAGGUGAAGGAGAGGGGGAGGAGUAUGGACCAGCAGUUGGGGGGCGCGGGGGAGGGGGAGGGGGAGGACGUCAAACUUAAGACCCGCCCGGUCAGUAUGUAUGAGACUAGGGAGGGUCCGAGGAAUAACUGGCAGGUUACUAAACAUCAGUUGACAAGCAUUCCCGGACUGGAGCGGUCGCUCACACAGGGGGCGCUGGAGAUUGGCGGCUCUAGUAUGAUGGAUAUCGACACUUCUAGCGAACCGUUGAAUGCAGAGGUGGUACAAUGUCGCGCGGAAGCGGUGACGCGUGCGAUCCAAGAACUAUGGAGUGCUGCGAGACUGCAGCGUGCGAGGUUGCCGGACCGCGCCGCCGCAGUGCGACGCGCCGCCGCUUCAUUGCUCGCGCUCUUCCCGCAGACAUGUGCGGACGCGUCCCUAGAACAAGUGGUCAGCGAGCUGCGAACAGCGAGCGAAGAAUUAGCCAUAGCGUGUACAGCACAAGCUCCAAUAGACCAAGUGCGUACAGCUGCGUACGAUCUUGCUAAAGCGACGAAGUUAUUAGUUACUCACUUCCAGCCCUCCUAGCGAACGGCCUACUACACGACAGUGUAGGCCCGACCCAAGGGGGCAAUAAACCUCCUCAAGUGCUGUGUGGGAACGUUUUUUAAAUAAGUGUUUUGAAUAAAGAAUGUUUUUUUUGUGGAACGAUUUUGAAUUAAGAAUUUUCGUGUUGUAAAAUGGUGGUGUUUUUGAAUUAGGAAUCUUGUGUUCUACGUUGAUGGUGACGUUUUUGAAUAUGGAAUUUUGUGUUCCGUAAGGCUUAGCACGCACUGCGGUUAAACGUACGCGUUUUAUCGUAGGUCUGAAACCGCAAAAAAAUGUAACACAUAGUUUUCUACACAAGCGCACACAUUAGUGACGUUUUUCAGUGACUGAUUUUAAAAACGUAACUUGCUACAUUUUGAUCGCGUUUUUUUGUGUCCUAUAGUAAUAGUAUGGUAGCGCACGCACAGCGUUUAACCGCAUUCGGUUUUAUAUUGCUUGCUACGGCUUGUAAUAAUUUAUCAAAGGUACUAAUAGACAUUCAGUAGUAAUUAAAAAAUGUAUCGGGAUGCUCUCGCACAUCAUUGUACAUUUUGCAAAAGUAUCCUUUUAAAUGUCUUUGAUCUGUUAGCGGAUGUACCCAGUACUUAUGGCGGCGGCGUUGUUUACGACUUUUGCUUCUUAUAUUUCAAAAUCAAAGCCACAACACAUGCUACUCGCCAGAAAUCCAUGAUGGUACUGACAUAAAAUUAAGCAAAACGCGAGCCGCAAUGCGUGUUCGUAUGCGGUUUUGCGUUUUCAGCUAUUCCUGUGCUGCUCGCGUUUAACCGCAGUGCGUGCUAAGCCUAAGAGCUAGCGCGCAAGAGCAACUUUUGU